UACUGUAGGUGUUGUAUUAAUACGUGGAUGUAGAGCAAGUUUAAGCAAAAAACCGACCGAUUUUAUAACAGAUAGCACUUGAACGACCUAACAAUAUGUUUCGAAAAUUGCUCAAUCCCAGAACUGCAGCAAAUCUGACUUGCAGUUCUCGUGGAUGGCCAUUAUUUCGCGUUCCAGCGUCGAGGAAAAUUUCAAGUGACAUAGCAGAACAAGAAGACCCUAAUUUUCAUGAAAUGACCGAAUUUUUUAUUGAAAAUGCACGCUACUAUGUUGAAGAAAGGCUGGCGACUAGAACUGAAGGCCCCGGGAAGAGACCGACUCCUCAAGAACAUAAACGACAAGCAGUUAAAGGUAUCUUGGAUAUUGUGAAACCAUGCAAUGCUGUUUUGGCUGUCCAUUUUCCUGUGAGAAGAGACAAUGGUUCAGUUGAAGUUAUUAAUGCCUACAGAGCUCAGCACAGCCAUCACAGAGUGCCAUGCAAAGGAGGUAUUCGUUACAGUUCAGAUGUGAACAGCGAUGAGGUCCAGGCCUUAGCAACACUGAUGACCUUCAAGUGUGCGGUUGUUGAUGUUCCAUUUGGCGGUGCUAAAGGAGGCAUUGCCAUCAAUCCACAUCAUUAUUCGGAUGGUGAAUUAGAGAGAAUAACUCGAAGGUUCACGGUCGAACUGGCGAAGAAAGGAUUCAUUGGUCCAGGAUUGGACGUGCCUGCUCCAGACAUGGGAACUGGAGAGAAAGAAAUGGCUUGGAUGGUUGAUACGUAUGACAUGACAUUAGGUCAUGGCAAUAUCAAUGCGUAUGCAUGUGUUACUGGAAAGCCGAUAAGUCGUGGUGGUAUUCAUGGUCGCAUUUCUGCCACAGGAAGGGGAGUUUAUCAUGGUAUUGACAACUUCCUUAAAUCAGAAAAAUACUGCAAUAUGAUCGGUCUUAAACCUGGCUUGAAGGACAAAACUUUUGUCGUGCAGGGUUUCGGUAAUGUGGGUCUGCAUUCAUGUCGAUAUCUGCACAGAUUUGGUGCGAAGUGUAUUGGGGUGAUCGAACGAGAUGGUAGCAUAAUCAAUCAAAAUGGCAUCGAUCCCAAAAAUCUCGAAGAUUAUAAACUGCAACACGGGACUAUUCUUGGUUUCCCAGGAGCAGAGAUGACCACGGCAAAUUUACUCGAAGCUGAUUGCGACAUCCUGAUCCCGGCAGCAGGAGAGAAACAAAUCACGUCCAAAAAUGCUCACAAUAUCAAAGCAAAGGUUAUCGCUGAAGGCGCGAACGGUCCAACCACACCAGCAGCUGAUAAAAUCUUAAUUGAAAAGAAUGUUCUAGUUAUUCCGGAUCUGUAUCUGAACGCUGGAGGUGUCACUGUUUCCUAUUUUGAAUGGUUGAAGAACCUAAAUCAUGUUAGCUACGGUCGGCUUACUUGGAAAUACGAGAAAGAAAGCAAUAGUCACUUAUUAAAAAGUGUCGAGGAAAGUUUGAAACAAGGUUUGGAUAAAAAUAUACCAAUUCGCCCUACGGGGGCAUUCACUGAACGAAUAGCGGGUGCCUCAGAAAAGGACAUAGUGCACUCGGGUCUAGAAUUUACCAUGGAAAGAUCAGCUAAUCGCAUUACACACGUAGCUGACAGUUACGAUCUGGGACUGAAUUUACGUACAGCAGCCUAUAUUCAUGGUAUAGAACGUCUAUACAACACUUACGCGGCAGCUGGAUUGGUUACUUUCUGAAAAACAGCGUUCUAGAAUAUUUAAUACGUUGCAAAAUAUAACCUUAUUAUAGUUUGUUAUUUUUUAUUAAUAUUUGUAGACUGCGUGAAGAAUUUUAAAUUUGACUUCUAUAUUGGAUUAAUUGGCAAGCAAAUGCGCAAUAAUUAAUUGUAUGAAUCAAAAUAAUAUUUCAAAUAUAAUGUAUGUAUUCUAGCUACUGUGAAAUAAAGAUAAAAAUUUGG